AUGCCAGUGCAAUGCGAAGCCUGUCAGACAAAUCGUGCUGCUGUCAUACGGCCCAAAAAUAACCAGAAAAUCUGCAAAGGCUGUUUCAUCAGUAUAUUCGAAGAAGAAGUCCACGAGACAAUUGUGAGUAGCAAAUUAUUCCACCCCGGAGAGCGCGUGGCCAUAGGUGCAUCGGGUGGCAAAGACUCGACCGUGCUGGCAUCUGUCUUGAAGACACUCAACGAGCGUCAUCACUAUGGACUCCAACUGGUCCUCCUGUCAAUUGACGAGGGUAUCAAGGGCUAUCGAGACGACAGCCUGGAGACGGUAAAGCGAAAUUCCAUACAGUACGACAUGCCACUGGAGAUCGUGGGCUACGAUUCACUUUAUGGUUGGACCAUGGAUCAGGUGGUUGCACAGGUCGGCAAAAAGGGCAACUGCACAUACUGUGGUGUUUUCCGACGACAGGCACUGGACCGUGGCGCCGCCAAGCUAGGUAUCAACCAUGUGGUGACAGGGCACAACGCAGACGACGUUGCCGAGACUGUCAUGAUGAAUCUAUUGCGGGGCGAUCUACCUAGGCUGGCACGGUCCACGAGCAUCGUGACCGACAGUGCUGCAAGUGAAAUCAAAAGGAGCAAACCUCUGAAAUAUGCCUAUGAGAAGGAAAUUGUGCUCUAUGCACACCACAAGAAGCUGGAUUAUUUCACUACAGAAUGUAUCUACAGUCCGGAGGCGUUUCGUGGAAGUGCUCGGACUCUGAUCAAAGACCUGGAGAAGAUCCGUCCAAGCAGCAUACUGGAUAUUGUCAAGAGUGGCGAGGAUAUGGCCAGAUUAGUACCUGCCGAGGUGCGCGGGUCCGUGGGUUGCGGCAGCGAAGGCGUUGAACAAAACGGCGGAUGCGGAUCGGCAAACGGCAGAUCGAGUGGAGGCGAGAUGGCCGAGAUGGAGAGGCGUUUGGCAGAGAAUGCGACUGCCGCUGCCAGAGAGACCGAAAUCCAGCUACCAACAGGUGAGCAACCGAAGCUGCAACCAAAGGCCAACAAUGUAUCUACCCAAGACAAGAGGCGGCGACCUCGCAAGAAGGUGGUCACGCAGACCAUGGGUCAGUGUAACAAGUGCGGCUACCUCUCCAGUCAGAAGAUAUGCAAGGCCUGCGUACUGCUCGAGGGCCUCAACAAGAGCCGGCCGCAGCAGACUGUGGAGGUGGGAGUCGAGGACGAAGACAGCAGCACCACGCUCAUGCGGCAGGUAGGCCAGCUCGAGCUCUCCGCUGGAUGA